AUGGGGCCCUUGGGGACCUCCAGCGGGUCCCUGGGUGCCCCCGAAAGGCCCCCGGAGUUCCCCGGGGGGCCCCCAGGGGCCCCCUGGGGAACUGCGGGGGCGCCCCCGGGGGGCCCCCGGGGUGCGUCCCAUAGGGAGGCCUGCUGUUGUGGGGCCCCAGAGGGCUACGAGGGGGGCCCUCAGGGGCCCCCGGGGGCCCCUGUUGCAGAGAUGCUGCAGCUGUACCACAAGUUGCUGUUUUGUUUUCUGGAGACCCUGCGCUGCGCCCUCAGAGCUGCCAGCAAACACCAGGGGGGCCCCCAGGGGGGCCUCGUGGGGGCCCCCCUGUCUAUUAGGGAAGUGGCAGCAGUUGCUGGAUCUUCUAAAGGCAUCAAUGCAGCUCUCCAGCUCCUGUCACGCAUCCAAUCAUCAGGGGCCCCCAUAGGGGCCCCCACAGGGGCCCCUACAACAGAGCUCGCAGGGGCCCCCACAGGGGCCCCCUCAGGGGCCCCCUCAGUGGGCCCCACAGGGGCCCCCACAUGGAACACUCCUGGAGGGUACUGCAAGGGCCCAGAAGCCCCUUUUGGGGGCCCCCUUGAGAGUCCCCAGAAGGCCAUUGGGGCCCCACCAGGGGCCCCUGACAGCGGGGCCCCCCAUUUUGCUACGCCCCCCGAAAGGGUCUUGGGGCCCCCAGGGGGCCCCCAGGGUCCCCCCCGCUUGGAGGUGUGGGGCCCCGAGCUGCUGCAGCUGCAGCAAGAAGCUGCUGCAGGGACUUUGCUGCAGUCCUUCGGGUCUAGUCUCCCGCCGGGGGCCCUUUGGGGGUCCUUUUGGGGGCCCCUAGACCGCCCCACUUGGGUGGGGAGGGGGGGGGCCCCCACGGGCCUUUCGGGGUCUCCCAGUUUGCUGCUGAGGGCCCGAGUGCCUCUUGUGGGGCUGCUGCAGAUCUUAGCUGCCUUCCAGGGGCCCCCUAGGGGGCCCCCUGGGGGGCCCUCUGGGGGGCCCCCUGAGGGCCCCCGUGGGGGACCCCAUGAGGGGCCCCCUGAGGAGGAGGCCCCGGGGGGGGCCCCUAGCGGGCCUCUUCGAGGGAUUGCAGGGGGCCCCCAAGGGGGGGCCCCCGAGUUCUGUCUAGUGAGGGCCCCCAUGGCUCUGCUGCAGCUUCUUGAGAGACUCAUUUGGGAGGCCCAGGGGGACUGGGGAGCCCCCGCAGGGGCUCCCAUUAUUCAGACAAAGGGGCUGAUUUCGUGGGGUGCUGCUGCGCCAGAGCAGCAGCAGCAGCUGCUGCAGCAGCUGCAGCAGCAGCAGCAGAGCCGGCUGCAGCAGCAAGACGCAGACGAAAUGGCCGAGGUGGAAAGGCUGGUCUUUGCUGCUGGAGUUCUUUCAGAGGCCCGCGCAAGAGGGGGGCCCCCCAAGGGCUCUCAGGGGCCCUUUUUCUUGGUAAACGCACCUGCCCCCAAAACAUUAGGGUUUAGGGUUUAG